AUGAACACUCAACUACUUCUACAAUUCCUAUCUCUCUGUUUCGUCACCUCUGUCGUUGGCGCUCAAAGCGCUAGCAACGAUACGUCAACAACGACUUCCGAUGAAGCACAGCCUAACGUAGGCUGGGUCGCUGGUCCAAAGCAACGCGGCACCCUGAUUCUCGUCUACGGAUGUCUCAGCACGAUAUUCGCAAGUACCUGGACAGUCUUGCAUCUCAAUGUUCCCGGCCCGGAGGACACUCCGUGGUUGAAAGCCCUACGGAAAGCCAAAUGGAUGGCCAUUACUGUCUUGUUUCCCGAAUUCAUCUUUUCGAAAGCUGUUUGUGAGCUUCGACUUGCGGUUGCCGACUUGUAUGCCAUGCACGUUGCAAUGAGCAAAGCCCAACUCAAGUGGACAGACACCCAUCUAUCAAGUCGGCGGACGUCUAUGUCGCACUCGAUUCAAAACGCUAGAUCAGGGGCGAUAGAAUGGUCGCAGAAACGGGAGUGGACUUUGCUUCACUCGUAUUAUGCCAACAUGGGAGGCCUGCUAUACACGACAAGAGCUCUGUGUAACAGGCAGGAUAUUCCCCCGUGCACGGCAUCUUCGCUCGCUUCUGCUCUCGAACACAGGAGCGGUGUGGAGUUGCUCAAGGAGUUUAAUUUACGCAAAGAAGACAUUGAAGACAAAAGCAAAGCGGAUUGGCUUCUGAAAGCUAUUGCCAUGUCGCAGAUUUCAUGGCUGAUCUUGAACGUGUGGGCCCGCCACGUCGCCCAAUUUCCCAUAACUCAGCUCGAGAUUGCCAGCGUCGCCUUCUCUUUAAUUGCAAUUGCAACAUAUGCUGCCAAUUGGUGGAAACCGAAGGAUAUCACCAGCUCUACUGCUCUUACUACAACAGUAGAGCCAGGUCUUUGGUAUCAAAAACCACCACGUAUCUUUAUAUCCUUUAUCGAUCGCCUCCUGGCCCCCGCAGCGUCUGAAUAUGUACCAGAUUAUUCGAGAAUUAGACGAAUCUCGAAUGAUCGAGUCUGGAUGGAGGGACAGCCUCCGCUGAUUCUCUUUCUAACGGCAGUAUCCUCGCUGAUGUUUGGCGGGUUCCACUGCUUGGCAUGGAACUUCGAGUUCCCCUCAAAAUCCGAGCUGGUGCUAUGGAGGGUUGCCAGUAUAGCGUCCACCACUCUUCCCAGUGUGUCUCUGGGGAUCAGCCUGGUCUCACACUACUUGUCAACGGCUUUUGCCGACAGAAGGCACGUGGUGUCUGUCAUUAACAGCCUAGCACCUCUCAAUCAUUUUCCGCCUGCUUGGUGGGGUUUGCUGGAGCGACGGCCCUCGUUAGCUAUCCUGGUUCUUUUGUUCACCUCCUUACGAUCGACCCCAAAAGGCGUCUAUGAUGACACACCGUGGACUCGGUUCCUGCCGAAUAUCUCUUGAUUGGCUGAUGUGGGACUUUCUUUCAUCGUUUCUGCUGUUCAGAUCACUUGUGUUAAGCAGGGCAAAGAAACAGCAGAGUAAAGAGCGACCACACUGCACCUUGUGUUGAAUGGAGGUUUUUUCUCUUCAAGUUUUCAGGCUGAGAGUUUGGUGAAGGCAGCUUCGAGUGAAGCUCUUCAACCCUAGAAAUCGGAUUACAAACCCCUGCUAAUGUAGAAGACAUCUCGUUUAUAAUGCCAUUCCCUCGGCUAGGAGUGUAUUCCUACUUGAUUCAUGAGAGGAGAUAGAGAGAGAGAGAGGAAAUGCAUUGUUGCGAGAUAAUUAGUACGCAAUAAAGGUGUAAGGUGACUUGUUACACAUCUUCAAACUAUUUGAACCCGAUUUAACAUAAGAUUAUUUACAAUUGUAGUCAAC